AUGGUUAUAAUGGAAAACUCAAUUGCUGACAUGGAAAACAUUGUUCUUGAGAUCCCUAUUGGAAUUGAUGUUAUGGAGGCCAUAAUUAACGUUGUUAGGAGUCAUGAAGAUAACAUAGACGUAAUGAAGGGUUCUGGUCUUGUCUAUGAAAUUAGCCUUCUGGAACCAUGUUCUCGUGUCCCAACUUUCCAAUUGGAUGAUCCAUUUAAUGUAUUAUCUAAAUUGGACUGCAUUAAAUCCACAUGUGACAUUCACAUUUCAGCCUCUCUUUUCAAAAGGCAUGAAUUCAUUAGGGUGGUCACCACUGAUGGGAAUGUUCAACUAUUUAAGGAUGAUGACAUCCCAAUAAUUGUCGGUGAUGUCGAUGAUGUUGGUGUUGAUGCAUGUGAAACUCUAUAUGAAUUAGAUGACCGAGUUCUCCCUUAG